GCGGUCGUGUGUCGCCGUGCGAGCUUGACACGUGUGUACGACCCUGCGCUCACCAGCAGAACAUGUCGUGCGUGUACGGUUUCAGACGCUCCCUCCUUUGCAGUUGAUGAACGUACUGCGUCAGAGAGAGAGAGAGAGAGAGAGAGAGAGAGAGAGAGAGAGAGAGAGAGAGAGCUGCACAGCGAUUUGGAGAGUGCAAGCUGGCUAUGUCGCCUGACAUGGACUUCCACAGGCGACAUCAACGACCAGACUCGAGUUCCUCGCAACUUCCGGCUCCUUGAGGAGGUGGAGAGAGGUGGAGAGAGGCGAGAAAGGGUUUGAUGAUGGCAAUGUGAGCUAUGGAAUGGACGACGGCGAUGCGGCGAUGACGUCUUCAUGUGAUCCGAGACGGGGACCAUCAUCGGUCCAAGUAAUACAGUUCACGACGGUUGCAUUUACGCUGUGAAGCUCAAUUGCGACAAGGACUAUCCAGACAAGCCGCCAGCUGUCAGGUUUGAAUCGCGGAUCAAUAUGGCGUGUGUCAAUCAGGAAAGCGGCGUGGUAUGUUGUACUCGAUGCGCCCGGUUGCUUUUUGUCGCUUUGUGCGGCUUGCCGUUUUGGGUAGGUCGUUGCCUGGCAAGAGGGGUUUAAGGGGAGUCCAGAGGUACGGGGGAAGGGUCCUGUUGGUGUCACGACAAGAGGACUGGUUGGCUGAGCGGUCAGGGGAGAGCUUAGAGGUUUGGGUGCCCAUCGGUCCGUCGGUGUGCGGCAUCCACACCUUCCUUUUUGGGCAGAUGGUCGGGAGAAAGGGGUUUGUUCUUGUGUUGAAUGGGCGAGGGGUCGCUGUGCAGCGCGGUAAGGUGCAGCGGUUGCUGGGCGGAACUGUAUCUUUUCUGUAAGUGUGGUUAAGGUGGUGCAUUGGUUAGGACAAAAAAUUGGAAAGCGUGGGCCAAAAUGGCGACGUCGGGAUAUGCCAAUCGGCAGCAGCAGCUGCAGGUGGCAAGCUGGCGGCCGCCUCAUGAGCACGUGGCCGCUCUGUCUCUCUCCUUCUCACGCAAAGCCCCGCUCUUGCACUCCGUAACCUCCUCCGCGCCAUUUCAUGCAACCCCGUCAUCGCGCGCAGUGGACAGUGAUGUGGCAUUUUCAGCUAACGACGGAAUUUGCACGGGAGAAUCUCAAACUCAUUUCCAGGUUUCGGUGCGCGCACCAUCGUCAUUUCGCCCCGCUUCCAGACAUGCCGCAAUUUUGGCGGCAACAGCCGCUGCUGCGGGAUCGUCAACAACCCCCAGCAGCCUCAACGACAUUCCCGCAGCAUCCGAAAGAGGAGUAGGAGUCGUAGAAGGAGGAGGCAGUCGGCCUUGCGUGGGGCUUUCACCGGGGAUCAGUGCUGUCGUCCGUCUUGCCUCGAAGCAUCAUAAUAAAACGGACUCAUCAAGGAGGCAGAAGAAGCAGCAAUGUCGACAACAGCAGGCAUGGAGCAGCACGGCACCUAUCGCUGCGGUCGUGGGCCGAUUGAACUUGGCAGGGGUUGGAGGAGAGGGGGGGGCAGUACCGCCGUCCAUUGCCGACCUGAUGACGGCGGUGCUGCGGCGCAACUCCGCCGUCCCUCCAUUGGCAUGUUCCUCGCUGAGUGCUCUGGGGGGGAACCAUUCCCCGAGCUUGGAGCCGACAAAUGGAGGAGGUGGUGGGGGGGGAGGGGGAGGAGGAGAUGAUGGCACCGGAAUGUGCGGCGCAAAUCGCCGACAGAAGCGAGUUCUUAUUCUGAUGAGCGACACGGGCGGCGGGCACCGCGCAAGCGCUGAGGCUUUGAAAUCCGUCUUCGAGCUCGAGUACGGCGACAUGUACAAGGUGUUCGUCAUUGACCUGUGGAAAGAUCACACGCCUUGGCCUUUCAAUCAGCUCCCCAAGAGUUACAGCUUCCUGGUGAAGAAUGAGUACCUGUGGAAGUUCGCCUUCCACGCCUCUGCCCCCCGUCUAGUGCACGAAUUUAACUUCACGACGACCGGCACCUUUAUUGCGCGCGAGAUGGCCAAGGCUUUCACCAAGUACCAGCCAGACGUCAUUGUCAGCGUGCACCCGUUGAUGCAGCACGUGCCUCUGCGAAUCCUACGCUCGAGGGGCCUGCUCGGCCGCAUUCCUUUCACCACUGUCAUCACUGAUUUGAACAGCUGUCAUCCGACCUGGUUCCACAAGCAUGUCACCUUGUGUUUUGCGCCCAAUCAGGAGGUUAGUGAUCGUGCGUUGAAAGCGGGAUUGAAUCCGUCGCAGAUCCGGGUGCACGGGCUGCCCAUUCGCCCAGACUUCGCAAUGGCUGUCAAGCCAAAGAACAUCCUGAGGCAGGAACUCGGAAUGGACCUGGAUCUAAAAGCAGUCCUUCUGGUGGGCGGGGGGGAGGGAAUGGGACCAGUGGAAGCGACUGCGCGGGCGCUGGCGCAGGAGCUCGCUGCGCUCGAGGAGAACGGCCGCCCGCGGGGUCAGCUAAUUAUCGUUUGUGGAAGGAACCGCAGUCUCGCCACAUCUCUCGAGUCCGUUCAUUGGCCGAUUCCCGUCCAGGUGAAGGGAUUCGUCACCAACAUGUCUGAUUGGAUGGGCGCCUGCGAUUGCAUAAUCACCAAGGCUGGACCUGGCACCAUUGCCGAGUCCCUAAUUAGGGGACUACCGAUGAUACUUAACGAUUUUAUAGCUGGGCAGGAGGCGGGGAACAUUCCCUUCGUGGUGGACAACGGGGCCGGGAAAUUCAUCAAGGACCCAAGAGAAAUCGGGAAGACAGUGAGGGAAUGGUUCGGUCCGCGGAUCGACGAAUUCAAAUCGAUGGCACAGAAUUGCUUGAAGAUGGCCAGACCUAAGGCUGUGUUCGAGAUUGUGAGAGAUAUCCAUCUCCUGGCUCAACAACGAACUUACGUUGAGCAACCCCAAUUCGCUGUUGCAUAAUUACUUACCGUCAUCAUCUUGCUGUCACGUUCUUUCCCUCGCUCCUUCCCUCUUUGCUCCCUCAGCUCUCUCUCUCUCUCUCUCUCUCUCUCUCUCUCUCUCUCUCUCUCUCUCUCUCUUUCUCUCUCUCUCUCUCUCUCUCUCCCCACGCGCUUGGCUUUUUAUCUUUUGUUGUUGUCCGCUGAAAAGGGUUUCUGCUCACAGGCGGCCGGUUUGGUAGAUGAACCGGAUGACAGGAGAGUAGAAGAGGUCUGCGCGUCCGCUGAUUUUUUUUUUUCCAGCUUUUUUUACUGUUUAGGUGUUGACUUGGCUUCCCCUGCAUUGCAUUGCAUUGCAUUUCUUUGCUCAAUCAAUGGCUGAGUGGGGUCGGUCGGCCAAAUCUGGGACGAGAUUGUGCGCUCCCAGGUUUCACGUGCAGUACUGCGUUCGCUCUUCCAUCAUUCCAUUCUUAGCAUAUUAUGCUAAUGUUAUCUUCGGACAAGAGCUUGAGGGGAGGUAUAAGUGCAGGGGGCAAGAUAUAGAUCAAAAGACGCCCACAUUGCGGAAGUUGGAGGGUUCGGACCCGUGUGGGACCGAUUGGUCCUUGCUGCCACGAUUUGCAGGUUGUUAGUAAUCUCUCCAUGCAUUAGUAGGUUAUAAACUGCAAUGGAGUGUGGCACUACAGGAGAGAGGAGGAAAGAGAGGAGGAGGAGGAGGAGAGAUCUGCUCACGGGAGUGGUGUAGUCGGGUAGGACACGCUUGGGACCUUGUGGUUCGUGCACAUAUUCCAUAUUUGGUCAUGUGUUCGUUCCAUGUGUUCAACGUCCAGUGUCCAGCCGAUAAUGUGUUUGUUUCAUGUGGUCCCCACAAAGCUUCCAGUCGGUAAUGUGUUCUCUCCAGCAUUCCAUCAACUUGUUCACCUCUGAGAAGAAAGCAAGAGGAAAGGGCAGGAGAUGAGAGGAAAGGAGGAAGAGGAGAGGGUAGGAGAGAUUAGGAGAGGAGAGGAGAGGAGAGGAGUAUCAAUGCGAUUAUCCUGUUGUGCUUUGGCGGACAGAUUACAGCCUCCCUGCUCCCCCCGUGGCCCCGCUAAGGACUUGGAGGCGUUGAGGUGUGGGUCCCUCGACAAGUGUCACAAUCUUGAGGAGGUUUUCGCUGGCGACCACCCUUUCUAUAUCCCGUGGGAGGAGUGGGAUGGAUUCACUUGCACUGAUCCGGAGGUGUAGCAGGCAAAUAAAGGGCACAUAAAGUACAUACAUAGUGGGGGUGGGGGGUGUCUGCGUAGACAACUUAUGUAGAAUGCGAAGGGGCGUGUGUGAUUCGCGUGGCAAUUUUGCUUGAGCUCCUCCUUGUAAAAUUCUUGACAAGCUUUUCAGUGGUGGUGGUGAUGGUGGUUAUGGGAGAUGGUUGGGCAUGAUGGGGAGGGAUCGAGGGGGACCUGUUCAAUGGACGGACAAGUGGUCGGCCGUCCGGAGCUAGCUGAAAGAUGAGAUGGGGGGAGUUAUUCCCCUUUUCAUUUUCCUGAUCCUCCUUUCCUCUCACCUUCUUGGAAAAUAAGUUUUUCAGCGUCUGGGUUGACAAGAGGCAUCAUAGCAAGCGAAGGCGAGGGCGGUUUGGUUUUCACAUCACUUUAUUUCAGGGUUAUUUUGAAAGGUAGGUCACACCGCAGCCGUACGUUAAUCUGCGGCCGCAAUAAAGAACAUUUGUAAAU